AUGGAUUGUAACAGUGUCGAGGGCAUCAUUGGCUACACAUUCAAUGACCGCGAGCUGCUUGCAAAAGCAUUACAUCAGACUCAAAAUAAGCGCUUGGCUCUUUUGGGAGAUAAAGUCGUGGCGCUCGUGCUGAUAGAUUCGUGGUAUCAGACUGGGACAAGCUGCUCCGCGGGAAGCUCACUACUGCAACAUUCAGCAAGCAAUGAAGCAAUGGCUCACCAAGAGGAUAAAACACACCUGAAAGAUACAGUUUGUUUGAAUUCUCAUCAAGCCCAGUCUAUCCAUGGUUUAGCGACCAAUUUUGAGGCUGUCGUCGGUGCAGUCUGGAUUGACUGCGGAAAGGAUUUGCAAACCUUGGAGAAGGUGAUAAGACAACUUUACACGUACUGA